GAAUGAUAUUUGAAUGUGUGAAUAAACUCUGUUUUCAAUUCGUUUUGUUGUGACAGAUGCAAAGAGAUUAAUUGGUCGGAGAAGUGAUACAUCUGUCCUAGGCAACAUGAAGUUAUGGCCUUUCAAGAUCAUACCUGGUCCUGCCGAUAAACCCAUGAUCUUCGUCAACUACAAAGGCAAAGAGAAACAGUUCGACACCGAGGAGAUCUCUUCCAUGGUUCUCAUCAAGAUACGUGAGAUCGCUGAAGCCAUAGCUUCAUGUCACUGUAAAGAGUACUGUUGUCACUAUUCCAGCUUACUUCAACGACUAUCAGUGUCAAGCCAAAAAGGACGCUGGUGUGUCAUCGCUGGUCUUAAUGUUAUGCGUAUCAUCAACGAGCCCACUGCAGCAGCCAUUGCUUAUGGUCUUGACAAGAAGGUGACAGUGUUGGAGAGAAGAACGUCUUGAUCUUUGAUUUUGGUGGUGGUGCUUUUGGUGGCUCUCUUCUCACCAUUGAAGAAGGUAUCUUU